AAUGGGGUCCGAUAGAAAUAAUCCCACAACGGAAGGAAAACAGACGCCCGACGUUACAAAUGGUUCGGUGAAAGACUUGGAGCAGAUGAAAACGUACGCCGGGGAAGGAAAGCCUCCAAGCGGUUUCGGUGCACGCCAUGUCCAGACACUGUUGCUCUUCUUUGGCCUUACCAUGGCGUACGCGCUGCGCGUUAAUCUGUCCGUCGCGAUCGUUGCGAUGAUCGAUCGGCGCGCCGCCAACGAAAACUUCGAAGAGUUUGAUUGGGACGAAAAGACGAAAUCGGUCAUCCUGAGCAGCUUCUUCUGGGGUUACGUGGUAACGCAGAUACCUGCGGGCCAGUUGGCGCAACGAUUCGGACCAAAAGUUUUGCUACUGCUGUCGAUCGGUAUCUGUUCGGUGCUUGCCGUUUUGACACCAUUUUGUGCCCAUAUCGGUGAUGCAAAGGCAGUUAUAGGCCUUCGGAUAGUGCAGGGUUUAAGUCAGGGAUUUAUUUUUCCCUCCACGCACACGAUGCUGUCCCGGUGGGCACCGGCAUCCGAGCGUGGUCGGCUGGGGACACUUAGCUACGCCGGUGCACAGUUCGGUACGGUGAUAAUGCUUGCCGUUAGUGGGGUGCUCGCUUCGUCCAGUAUGGGAUGGCCAAGUAUAUUCUAUAUUUCCGGUGCGGUUGGAAUGCUUUGGUCGGUAGCGUGGUUUUUCUACGGUAGUAACUCACCGGCCGAAUAUCGUGGUAUUGCUCCGGAAGAGCGUGAGUUUAUCGAGAGUUCGUUCGGACCGCAAGAUCACAGCCGUCGCAUCGUUACACCCUGGGUAGCGAUCCUAACGUCGGCACCGAUGAUUGCACUCACGAUCGCGCACAGCAGCCACAACUGGGGCUUCUGGACGCUGCUAACCGAGAUGCCAACGUACAUGAAGGAGGUGCUAGAGAAGGACAUCAAGAAGAACGCCCUGCUAUCCUCGCUGCCGUAUCUCGUGAUGUGGAUACUAAGCUUUAUUUUUAGCCCACUGUCCGAUUUCCUUAUCAAUCGCCAGUACCUGUCACGUGUCACUAGUCGCAAGCUGUUCAACACGAUCGGUCUGUGGGUGCCGAUGGUUGCGCUGCUAGGGCUAGCGUUUGUGCCAAAGGGUGGAUCAGAUCUCGCGAUCGUACUGCUUACGCUAGCGGUCGGUAUCAAUUCGGCCACCUAUCUAGGCUUCCAGGUAAACCACAUCGAUCUCGCACCGAACCAUGCCGGUACGAUGAUGGGCAUCACGAACUGUGCCGCCAACAUUAUGUCCAUCAUUGCACCGCUCAUCGUGGGACAGGUGAUAACGGACGCGACUGACCCGAUCCAGUGGCGCCGAGUGUUUUACAUUGCCGCCGGUGUAUACUUCUUCGGCAAUCUUACCUUCAUCAUCUUUGGCAAGGCUGACAUUCAGCCCUGGAAUGAACCAGUAUCGCCAAUUCCUCGUACCGUCUCCAACGCUAAUGCUCAACCUGCGCAACGGAGUGCAAACAACACGGCAAGCAACAACGAGAAUCAUAGCGAUUAAAGCAAGCG